GCAGAUAGGCCUUUGUGCGUUGGGCGCUAGGGCCAGGCAACAGCCUGCAGAGAAGUACGUAAGGCAAUAAGUGUUACACAGCUCCAGUAACACUGUGGUGAACACCGGAUUCGCAGAUGGGUUCUUCUCCUCCGGAUGGCAGCGCUGGGGAGGCGCUGGCCGUGUGGGCAGUCUUGCCCCGCCUGCUGUUGGGCGGCCUGGCCAUCACAGCUGCAGUGGUCGGAUUGACGCAGCUGUCACUGCUGGAGGGACUGCUUCCCGUGCCAGCAUUGCUGGGGCCGGGGCGCAGCAAGAAGCGGCCAGUGCGGAUCUACAUGGACGGCUGCUUUGACAUGAUGCACUACGGGCACGCGAAUGCGCUGCGGCAGGCACGCGCGCUGGGGGACCAGCUCGUGGUGGGCAUCAACAGCGACGACGAGAUCCGCAAGAACAAGGGGCCGCCCGUCAUGAACAUCGACGAGAGGGUGGUGAUGGUGGAGGCGGUCAAGUGGGUGGACGAGAUCAUUGUGGAUGCGCCGUACGCCAUUGACAAGGCGUUCAUGGCCACGCUGUUCGACGACUACAAGAUCGACUACAUCAUCCACGGUGACGACCCCUGCCUCCUCCCCGAUGGUACGGACGCCUACGCGGAGGUGCGCAAGGCCGGCCGCUUCAAGCAGGUCAAGCGCACUGAGGGCGUCUCCUCCACCGACAUCGUAGGGCGUAUGCUGUUGUGUGUGCGGGACCCGCGUGCCAGCCCGCGUCCGGUGCCCUCGCUGCAGCGCCAGUUCAGCCAGCAUGGCAGGGAGUCCGACACGACCCGCGUGUCGCACUUCCUGCCCACCUCGCGCCGCAUUGUCCAGUUCUCCAACGGCAAGAGCCCGCCUCCCGACGCCAAGAUCGUGUACAUUGACGGGGCCUUCGACAUGUUCCAUGCAGGCCACGUGGAAAUCCUGCGCGCGGCGCGCGCUCUGGGCGACUUUCUGCUGGUGGGGCUGCACCCUGACACGGUGAUUACCGCGCACCGCGGGCCGCACCACCCGAUCAUGAACCUGCACGAGCGCAGCCUCAGCGUGCUGGCCUGCCGCUACGUGGACGAGGUCGUCAUCGGCGCACCCUGGGACGUCACGCAAGACCUGCUGACGACGUUCAACAUCUCGCUGGUCGUGCACGGCACGCGCGCGGAGCCCAACGAGCGGGCCGCCGACGACGACCCCUAUGCACUACCCAAGGAGAUGGGCAUCUUCCGAGUGAUUGACAGCUCGCGCGACAUCACCACGUCCACAAUCAUCAAGCGGAUAUGGGCCAACCACGAGUCUUACAUGGCCCGUAACGAGAAGAAACAAAAGAGCGAGGCGGCCUACCUGGCCAGCAAGUCCUACGUCUCCGAAUCCUGACCCGCACCGCAUGCUAGGUAGGCCGCGGCAGCAAACGGGGUAAACUGAUGUGUUCAGCACUGAGCAGAGGGCAAUGAAAGGUACGGGUAAAUUUGUCAACAAAUAAAGCGGAGCCAACCAAUGCUCGUGAGGUGAGGUGAUCUCUGUUCUUACAUACAUUCUUUGUUGGCAAGGAACGGAAAGGGCCCGAGAGCUUCGGGAGUAUUUGAUUGGACUGGAAGUGGUUGAAUUGCUUUGAGAGUGGGUUCCGAGAGUUUCGACGUCAGAACCAUCGUUUCGCAAGUGUUGCAGAGGAUUAAUAAACUAAGCGAAAAACCAAGUAUUUGUACAGACCGUUGCAAAAUAUCGAUCGGUAGAUCCGGUGUACCGAUGAACUGCGGCUUUGACAUGUAUACUUGAUCACGAAGGUCAAUC